CGAUUCGCUUCGUACUAAGCGUAACAUUUCUUUUUAAGAUUCUUCUUCUCUUCUCCUUUCAGUUAGGGGCUGGUAGCAAAUCUCUGAACUUUACAUAUCAAGUUUAAUUAAUACUCAGAAGCGGCCAAUUUCAGUCGAGGAUUUGUGUGACGGAAAUAGAUUUGAUGUUAUACUACUUCCAAAAGAUGUAUUUUGCUGACUGAUGGAUUCUGAAUGCAGUGUGUUUCUUUUUUUAUUGGAGAUUUCGCUGUGGGGCCUAUGAAGUGUGAUGACUAUUUGUGAAUUGCUGCUACCACUGGUUAGCAACAACAAUAAGGAUGAUGACGAGGAUGGUCGAUAACAGGUUGCUGAUGCAUUUUUGAAUUACAUCAGUCUGUUGGAUUAACUUGUGACAUGGACUAGACAGAAUUUUGUCAGCAUUAUUAGGCAGAAUUUUGUCAGCAUGAGAGCAGUUUGUUGAAAGUUGACAUGGAGCGGUUUCAUGAAGGAAGCAUUAAUAAUUUGAUUCUUGGUAUUAUCUAGUGAAAGGAUAUAUAUUUGUAGCCGGAAGCUGCCAGUAGUGAGAUUUCGUUGAUAACUUUGUGAAGUUUUAGGUCAAUGAUCGAUCACUGUUCAAACAAAAGAAUGAAUGGGACAGUUUCACCUCAAGCUCAAAAGCAGAAUCCUCAAACACCUAAUCGUAAAUCUUCGAGUAUUGGGCCUCAGAAAGAUCUGUGGCUUGCAGUACGUGAGGGAUCUUUGGCUGAUAUAGACUCAGCAUUGGCUUUCUUGAAGAAAAAUGGAGGCAAUAUCAAUUCAAGGAACAUGUUUGGUGUGACUCCUCUUCAUAUAGCUACUUGGAGAAAUCACAUUCCCAUUGUUAGGAGGCUGCUUGCAGCCGGUGCCGAUCCUGAUGCUAGGGAUGGAGAAUCUGGAUGGAGUAGCCUUCACAGGGCUUUGCACUUUGGUCAUCUUGCAGUGGCUUGUAUUCUUCUUCAGUCUGGUGCCUCUAUUACACAAGAGGAUUGCAAAUACCGGACACCGAUUGAUUUGCUCUCAGGACCCGUGUCGCAAGUUGUUGGAAAUGAACACAACUCAGUGGCUACAGAGGUAUUUAGUUGGGGAAGUGGUACAAAUUAUCAACUCGGAACUGGAAAUGCCCACAUCCAAAAGUUACCAUGCAAAGUUGAUUCAUUGCAUGGGUCUCAUAUCAAGUUGGUAUCUGCUGCGAAGUUCCAUAGUGUAGCUGUUAGCACUCAUGGAGAAGUCUAUACCUGGGGCUUUGGACGGGGGGGUCGCCUUGGCCACCCAGACUUUGAUAUCCACAGCGGUCAAGCUGCAGUUAUCACUCCCCGCCAGGUGACCUAUGGUUUAGGUUCCCGCCGGGUGAAGGCAAUUGCUGCAGCUAAACAUCAUACUGUUCUUGCUACAGAGGGUGGGGAAGUGUUCACCUGGGGAUCCAAUAGAGAGGGUCAGCUUGGUUACACCUCAGUGGACACUCAACCCGCACCACGUAGAGUGAGUUCUCUUAAGUUAAAAAUUGUUGAUGUAGCAGCAGCAAACAAGCACACUGCUGUAGUUUCUGAAUCUGGUGAAGUUUUCACAUGGGGCUGCAACAGGGAGGGACAACUUGGUUAUGGAACCUCCCACUCGGCAUCAAACUACACUCCGAGAUUGGUUGAGUACUUGAAAGGAAAGGUUUUCACAAGUGUUGCAGCUGCAAAAUAUCACACUAUUGUCCUAGGAGCUGAUGGAGAGGUGUAUACUUGGGGCCAUCGGCUUGUUACUCCAAAACGUGUCAUUGUUUCGAGAAAUUUAAAGAAAGGUGGUAGCACUGCUUUGAAGUUUCAUCGCAUGGAACGGCUUCAUGUGAUUGCGAUAGCUGCAGGGAUGGUGCAUAGCACUGCGCUAACAGAUGAUGGUUGUUUGUUUUACUGGGUUUCAUCAGAUCCUGAGCUUAGAUGCCAACAGUUAUAUUCUCUUGGUGGAAAAACAAUGGUAAGUAUUUCUGCAGGGAAGUACUGGACAGCUGCAGUUACAGCAACAGGUGAUGUUUACAUGUGGGAUGGGAAGGAAAGUAGAGAUGGGCCUCCAGUUACUAUUCGAUUACAUGGUGUGAAGAGGGCAACUUCAGUUUCAGUUGGUGAAACACAUCUUUUGAUUGUGGGUUCUCUUUAUCAUCCCGCCUAUCCUUCCAAUUUGGAUGAGAGUGUUCAGAAGAAGAAAUUGAAUGAAAGCAAAGAACUAGAGGAGUUUGAUGAAGAUUUUAUCUUUGCUGAUAUGGAGUACGAUAACAUGCUACCUUCUGUUCAAAAGGAUGAUUCUGACCAUGGGCUCACACCCAGCUUAAAAAGCCUUUGUGAAAAAGUUGCAGCAGAGUGUCUAGUGGAACCACGAAAUGCCAUACAACUGCUUGAAAUUGCAGAUUCGCUUGGAGCUGAUGAUCUGAAGAAGCACUGCGAGGAUAUAGCAAUUCGCAACCUUGACUUUAUUCUAACAGUUUCAACACAUGCUUUUGCAAACACAUCAAUAGAUAUUCUUGCUAAUUUAGAGAAGUUGUUGGACUUGAAAUCAUCUGAAGCAUGGAGUAACCGUCGGCUGCCCACUCCAACAGCCACUUUUCCUGUUGUUAUCGGUAGUGAAGAGGAUGGAAGUGAUAGUGAGUUCCUAAGGACUCGUGACAACCAUUUGAAACAAGUCCCUCUGGAAAAUGGAGACCCUAGAUUAGAUUCUUUUCUAUAUCCCAUAGAUGAUAUGAGAGAAGGCAUUUCCAAACAGGUUCGAGCAUUACGGAAAAAAUUGCAGCAGAUUGAGAUCCUUGAAAUGAAGCAAUCUAGCGGUCAUCUUCUUGAUGACCAGCAAAUUGCGAAGAUUCAAACAAGAUCAAGUAUUGAAAGUUCUCUUGCUGAAUUCGGUGUUGCAAUUGAGACGCCACAAAUGAUUUCCUCGGAUGCAAAGGGAAACAAGAAGGCCGAUGUUUCAAAAAAGCAAAGGAGAAAGAACAAGCAGAGGAUGGCACAAGUGCAGACAGUGUCUGGUCGUAGUGGGGUUCGAGUUGAAGCAAAUCCUGUCAAGGAUAUGUUUGACAUUGAGAUUUCUCAAGGUCCCAAGAAUAAGGGGGAAGACACCAUGACUAAGGAAACAAUGGCUGGCAAAGUGUCCGAAGAAUCUUUUUUUAUUGUUCAGAUGGACAGUUCAGGCUCUGUGACAAAUACAGGUUCAUUAAAAACAGCAGCCAAGAAGAAGAACAAGAAGGGUGGGCUUUCUAUGUUCUUGAGUGGCGCCCUUGACGACACCCCUAAAGAAGUUGCUCCCCCACCACCAACACCUAAAAGUGAGGGUCCUGCAUGGGGCGGUGCUAAGAUUUCGAAGGGAUCUGCCUCUCUUCGUGAAAUCCAGGAUGAGCAAAGCAAAAUGCAAUUUAACUGCCCAGUUGGGAAUAAGAACCGGGUCAAAGAGCUUUCCAAAGGAAAGGUUCUCCUUAGUUCUCUUUUGCCUUCCAAGCCAAUACCCGUUUCAACAGUUCAAACCUCACAGACAUCUGAUGGAGAAAAGAAUACGCCUCCUUGGGCUUCUGGAACUCCUCCUCACCUUUCUCGGCCCUCUCUCAGGGACAUCCAGAUGCAGCAGGGGAAGAAAAAUCAGAGUCUUUCCCACAGUCCAAAGACGAGGACAGCCGGAUUCUCAGUCAUUACAGGUCAGGGCUCACCAUCAGAUUCUCCUGGGCUGAAUCGAUGGUUCAAACCAGAGGUGGAAGCACCUUCAUCAAUACGUUCUAUUCAGAUAGAGGAGAAGGCAAUGAAGGAUCUUAAACGCUUCUAUAGCAGCGUUAAGAUCGUGAAAAACCAGUCAUAAGAAGCAGGCUGUUGUGUUUCCUUUCCCAGAUAGCAGCUUAGACAUUUUAAUCUUUUAUCUUUUCUUUCACUGUAAAUUUGAACUGUACAGAUGAUCUCCCUGUACAUUCAGUUCCUUCUGAUUGGUAGACCAGAUUUUUGAUGUUAUAACCUGGAUAUUUCUCUGAACAUCUUCGGUGAUCAGAUUUGUUAGAUAGAAAUUUGUAAAUGCUCUCAGAAAUAACAGUUAUUUCAACAUAAUAAAAUUGUGGAAUAUCUGACCUUCAUAAUC